AUGGUUGACCACCACGAGGAUGAUCUUGCUGCCACCAAGACUGAGGGCUUCAAGGUCGGCGAGAAGAAGUCUCUGCAGGAGUACCAGGAGCUUGACAAGGAUGAUGAUGCCUUGAACCGCUGGAAGGCCUCCCUGGGCCUGAACUCCGGUACCCCGAUCGGCCAGCCCAACGACCCCAAGUGCGUGAUCAAGUCGCUGGCUUUGGUCACCCCCGGCCGCCCUAACGUCGAGAUCGACCUGUCUGCUGCCGGUGCCGUGGACAGUCUCAAGGACAAGCCGUUCAAGAUCAAGGAGGGCGCCAAGUUCCACAUCAAGGUUGUUUUCCAGGUCAACCACGAGGUGCUGAGUGGCCUCAAGUACAUUCAAGCCGUGAAGCGAAAGGGUAUCCGUGUGAGCAAGGACGAGGAGAUGCUCGGCAGCUAUGCUCCCAACACCACCGACAAGAUGUCCUACACAAAAGAGUUCAACGAGGAAGAGGCCCCGUCUGGCAUGCUUGCCCGCGGUCACUACAAUGCGGUCUCUAAGUUCGUCGACGACGAUGAGCACACUCACUUGCUGUUCGAGUGGUCGUUCGACAUCGCCAAGGACUGGUAA